AUAAUCCGUGCGCGUUCGCGUGACCUGUCCUCCUGCGCGCUCCCGCCUGCUGAUUGAGGCUCCGGUUCUCCGGUUCGGUGAUGGCGAGCGCGGGGCAGAAAGUGGUGCUGAUCACCGGCUGCUCCUCCGGCAUCGGGCUCGGGAUCGCCGUGAUGCUCGCCAGAGACAAGCAGCAGCGCUACUACGUCAUUGCUACGAUGCGUGACCUGAAGCGUCAGGAUAAGCUGGUGUGUGCGGCGGGAGAUGCGUUCGGGAAAACACUGACGGUGCUCACACUGGACGUCUGCAGCAAUGAGUCCGUCAGACAGUGUGUGGACAGCAUCAAAGACCGGCAUAUAGACAUUCUGAUCAAUAAUGCUGGCGUGGGUCUGGUGGGCCCGGUGGAGGGUCUCAGUCUGGAUGAUAUGAUGAAGGUGUUCGAGACGAACUUCUUCGGUGCGGUGCGCAUGAUUAAAGAGGUGAUGCCGGACAUGAAGAAGCGGCGCUCAGGACACAUCAUCGUCAUCAGCAGCGUGAUGGGCCUGCAGGGUGUGGCCUUUAAUGACGUUUACGCCGCGUCGAAGUUUGCCAUCGAGGGCUUCUGUGAGAGUCUGGCCGUCCAGCUGCUCAAGUUCAACGUCACUAUGUCGAUGAUCGAGCCUGGGCCCGUUCACACUGAGUUUGAGAUGAAGAUGUACGAUGACGUCUCCAAGAAGGAGUAUCCCAACACUGACCCAGAGACGAUGCACCACUUCAGGACCUGCUAUCUGCCCACCUCAGUCAACAUCUUCCAGGGCCUGGGACAAACGCCCGAGGACAUCGCCAAGGUCACGAAGAAGGUGAUUGAGUCUCCGCGUCCGCCGUUCCGCAGCCUGACCAACCCUCUGUACACACCAAUCGUGGCGCUGAAGUACGCAGACGACUCCGGCGACCUGUCCUUACACACCUUCUACCACAUGCUGUACAACCUGGGCGGAGUCAUGCACGUCAGCGUGAGGAUCAUGAAGGUGCUGAGCUUCAGCUGGAUGAGGAGACGAGCCGUAUCACCUGACUGACACACACACACACACACACACCUGCGGAUGCUGGAGGAGAUGAGCCGUAUCACUAACACACACAGUUUCAUAUAGAAUAUAAAGCACUAUAUUAGUGUAUAUUUUAAGCAGAUGAGACUUAAGACCAUAUGGUUUUUAAAGUCUGUGUGAAAUCUAAAUUUACAAUAUGUAUUUGCUAGAGCAUAUUAGCUGUGUUUCCACCCAAAGAUGUGAAUUAGACUUAUUCACUAACUGUAAUAUCUGCUAAUCAUCAGUGAGUAAAUCAGCAUCUCCACCAGUGCUGCACAGAGCACCACCUCCUCAGCUGAAAUGCAUUCAGUAAAUUUGUUUUCAUUGUAGUUUAUACACAUUUUCUAUUGGAUAUAAAGUUGAUGCUGCUCAGUUGUGCAAAUAAUCUUUUUAAAUGUGCAUCUUAGAGUUUCCAGCAAGCAUUUUAAUGUGCAUAUCCAAAAUUAGCAUAAAAAUAAGGUGAUGGAAACAGCUGUUGUUGUUCUGUAGGUUAACAAUGGGUACAAAUGAAUCCACUGAAACUUCAAUGUUCAUUUUGGUCAUCUUCAAGCUGAAGC